CAGUGUUGUCUAUUGAGCAAGAUAUUUGGCCACCAUAGAAGAGAAGUGAAGAGAGACCAAAAUGCUUUCCAAAUUGGUAGAGGAGCAUCCUUACCUUUGUUCCCAUGUUGCUCUCUUGUGUUUUCUUUUAUUCUGUCAAAAAGCAUGGACACUUUGGUGCACAAACUACCCCUCUCUGCCAAACAUUCCUCCGGGAAAUCGAGGAUUACCCUUUCUCGGAGAGACACUUCAGUUCAUGGCUGCCAUCAACAACACCAAAGGAGUCUAUGAAUUUGUCCAAGCUCGCCGACUCCGGUAUGGAAAAUGCUUCAAGACGAAGUUAUUCGGGGAAACGCACGUUUUCAUAUCGGGCACGGAGUCUGCAAAAGUGAUUCUAAACAACGAGGAGAAAUUCUCAAAGAAGUAUAUGAAGUCAAUCGCUGAGCUUGUUGGACGCGAUAGCUUGCUCUGCGCUACACACCAACAUCACAAACUUAUUCGCGGUUCUCUGUUUUCUCUAUUCUCCACGCAAUCUUUGUCUUCCUUCGUUAAACUCUUUGAUUCACUUCUUCUUGAAGCUACAACUAGUUGGAAAUCUGGAUCUGUUCUCGUUAUUCAAGAUGAAACACUAAAGCUAGCGUGUAAGGCGAUGUGCAAGAUGCUAAUAAGCAUCGAAAAUGGCGACGAAUUAGAGAGCAUGCAAAAUGAGGUUUCUCGUUUGGGUGAAGCAAUGUUAGCCUUACCCGUGAGAUUACCCUGGACCAGAUUCUACAAAGGCCUUCAGGCUCGAAAAAGGAUAAUGGAUAUAUUGGAGAAGACAAUAAGUGAAAGAAGAAGUGGAACUGCAACUAGCCAUGUCGAUUUCCUUCAACAACUUUUGGAUGAUAAAUUACACGACGAUGGAAUCCCAAUGCUAACAGAGAGAGAGAUCAAAGACAAUAUCUUAACUAUGAUAAUUGCUGGACAGGACACGAUAGCAAAUGCGAUGACAUGGAUGAUCAAAUUUGUGGAUGAGAAUCCGCUUGUUUUUAAUACCCUUAUGAAGGAGCAACUUGAGAUUGAGAAGAAUGGUUCGAGAAAUUCAUAUCUUACAGUAGAGGCCCUUAACGAGAUGCCAUAUGCUUCUAAGGUUGUAAAAGAAGCAUUAAGAAAGGCAUCUGUGGUGCAGUGGUUGCCUAGAGUAGCACUCGAGGACUGUGUUAUUGAAGGAUAUAAAAUCAAUAAGGGGUGGAACAUUAACGUCGAUGCUAGAUCGAUACACCAUGAUCCAACCGUGCACAAUGAUCCGGGUGUGUUCGAUCCUUCAAGAUUCCCUGCAGAGUCAACACCAUACAGCUUCUUAGCUUUUGGGAUGGGAGGAAGGGCGUGUCUAGGGAAGAACAUGGCUAAAGCCAUGAUGUUGGUGUUUCUCCAUCGUUUCAUCACCAAUUGCAAGUGGAAGGUGAUUGACUCUGACUCAAGUAUUCAGAAAGGGGCACUUUUUACAAAACUCAAGAGCGGAUAUCCUGUCCGUUUGAUCUCGACCAAGGAUGCCCAAAACCAAACCAUCUGAUGUGACAACUUAAACAUUUACAUUUGCAAGCAUGUCGAACGUGGGUUUUAAGAUUUUACCCGCAUAUUCGGGGUUGGCUUUCAGUAACAAGUAUUUAACUCAUGCCCUCAGAUAUUGCAAAGUCUACUUAUCUAUUUUCAACAAAUUAUUAUGAAUUUACCGUGA